CUGGCUCUACAACAACAAGAAUCACCUUCCAAAAAAUUCAAUUUGACUUCUUUUUCUCUAACCCUCUCACCUUUCUUCUUCUUCUUCUUCUUCUUCUUCUCAACUUCAAAAUACUACAACAUUGCCACAUGAAUAAUUAGGGUUUAUACACACAACAAACUUGAAUCGAUUUCCGAAAUGAGUGGUUCCAGAUUCAUAAAGUGUGUCACUGUAGGCGAUGGAGCCGUUGGCAAGACUUGUUUGCUUAUCUCCUAUACCAGCAACACUUUCCCCACGGACUAUGUGCCCACUGUCUUUGACAAUUUCAGUGCAAAUGUAGUUGUGGAUGGGAGCACUAUAAAUUUGGGGUUGUGGGAUACUGCUGGUCAAGAAGAUUACAAUAGAUUAAGACCCUUAAGCUACCGUGGAGCUGAUGUUUUCCUGCUUGCAUUUUCUCUCAUAAGUAGAGCUAGCUAUGAGAAUAUUGCCAAGAAAUGGAUUCCUGAGUUGAGGCAUUAUGCUCCUGGUGUUCCAAUUAUUCUCGUUGGAACGAAACUUGAUCUUCGAGAUGACAACCAGUUCUUUCAAGACCAUCCUGGUGCUGCGCCAAUCACCACAGCACAGGGCGAGGAACUCAGAAAACUUAUCGGUGCUCCAGUUUACAUAGAAUGUAGUUCCAAAACACAAAAGAAUGUGAAGGCUGUUUUCGACGCGGCCAUCAAAGUAGUUCUACAGCCGCCAAAACAAAAGAAACCUAAGAGAAAGGGGCAUAAAGCCUGUUCUAUUUUGUGAUCUUCAAUUCUUCAUAUUGUAGUUCAUGGAGGAUGACAUGACAGUAGCCGUUUCCUGGUAGUGUUUGCCAUUUCUGAUUCUAUAUCUUACACUAUUUUCAACCUAGAUGGAGGAAUUCGUCACGUUCAAUUGACCACGAUGAUAAGGUUUUCUUAUAAAGCAUCAAGCUAUUUGUCUCUGGCUGAAGGAUAUAAUAUUUAAAGUCAUAAUUUCGACAUGUUUGGUGUGUACAAACUCUUGUGUUUCUCUGGGAUGUUUACCUAUUGUAUUGAUUGUUAAAUAUCCAUCUCCAUUUUAGGACAUGGGUUUUACUCACAUUGUAAACUAAUCUAGGAAGUGUUUGCAUAUGUGGCUUUGGAUGUGAACUAAGUAUAUGUAAUUAAUUAUGUUAGCUGUUUAACAGCCUGAAUAUAGUUUGGUUUGUUCAUUCA